CGGAACCAACCUAGUGGCCUGCUAGAUACUUUUCUAGAGCACCCACCAUUCCCUAUAAAAUCACCACGAGACUUGAUCCAUGGAGUCGGAAUCUCCCACCCACACCAGCAUAACUUCGGAACCCCCUCGGAAAAGAAGAGCCAAGUACACCCAGGUUGCUUGUAACGAAUGCAAGCGUCGAAAGCUGAAAUGCAGCGGCGAUGCGAUAUGCUCACGAUGCGCCCGUGAUGGCGCGGCGUGCAUUUAUGCGCCCAAUGCGUAUGCGUCGAGUAACGCUGGGACCUACUUAGAGGAAGCAAAGGACGAUAGAGUAGCUUCAAGGUUCCAAUCGGUGGAUCGCCAAAUCGAAACCCUCCAGCGUGAGAUGCGGGCGAUGGCCGCUCGCUUGCGUCAGCUCGAGUCAUCGUCGUCCCCCGGCACUAGCAAUGCCAACAAUCGUACACCGGGACAAGUUUCCAUUGUGUCAUCUCAGGCGGCUACUACUGGCUUACAUCGUAUUAUGAAUCGGCCCAUGUCGCCAUCCUACGUUGGGCCCACGAGUGCAGAGUUCGGCCUCGACGCACGCCGGAAACCGUCAGACGAAGACGACGACUUUGAGUCCACAGCGGCUCCCAGCCCCGCUGCAACACCGGGUGCUGAUAUCGCGGUAGAUGAUCCACUUGGGAACUUGGGGCUGACGGAGGCUCUUCGACUGGUAACGGUGUACGAAAACACCGUUGGUUUGAUGUACCCUUGUGUCGAUCUGGACAGUGUGCGCGCAUAUAUCGUUGAUUUCUAUCGCGAUGACUCUCGUCUGGCACUGGGCUCGGAGCAACAGGAUUGGUUCUUUGCGCGUGAUGCAGAGGUGCUGAAGAUCAUCUUAGCGAUCGCUUUGCUAACGGAAUCUCAUGGCCGGAGUGAGCGGGCAGCGUUGUUGGCGGAUAGUGUUGAGGACCGCUUUGCGACUCGGGUGAAUAUCCCCGAGGUCGACAUGAAAGAACUUCUUAUAUUAACAUUGCUGACUUGGUAUAAAACUGGAGGCGUGUUUCCUGGGGAAUUGCAGUGGACAUGGGCUAGUCGCCUAUUCUGGUGCAUCUAUGUGCUGGACAGGAAAUGGUCUUUCGGGACCGGCCUUCCAUUCGCCAUUCAGGACACAGACAUGGACACCAACUUGCCUGAACCGGGAACCGCAACACCGUACCUUACCUGUAUGAUCUCGUACGCAAGACUGAGCACUAAGAUAUGGGGGCUUGUAGUUGGCUGGGGCAGUCGAUCGCGCUCUGCGACGUCAGAUUACUGUUCCUACCUCGAUUUUCAAGUCCAGCAGUGGAUCCAAUCGAUUCCGCAGGAACUACGAUUUGACCCCUCGCAACGCCUAUCCACAGACUCGGUUCAGAACGAUAAUGUGAUGAUGUUGCAAGUCCUACUAGCUCUACAGGCGAAUCAACUCCGUAUUUUAGUAUACCGCCAAAAUUUGCUCAGUAGCGAGAGCAUCGAGGGGAAUGUGCCCGGUGCCUCGACUGCCGUGGAAACAGCCAAGAGCACCAUUCAUAUGCUACACUACUUCACCGGAGUCUCGGAUGUCUACUUUCAGCGUCCGGAACCGUUCAAUUACUUCCUGAUCUCAGCUUUGGCUGCGCUAUUUCUCGCCGUGUUUCAUGCUCCGAGUCGCUUCAGCCAUGUCUGUCGGGCGGAAUUUUACACAGCCGUCAGCAUGGUGAGGAAGUCAUCUACACGGGCUCGCACAUCGAGACGAUUGCAGAAAAUCAUUCGCAGUUUGAAGUUGAUUAAGCUCAAUGUGGGUGGAAAGUCGCCUUAUAGACCCGGACAACCGCCGGAGAGCCUUGGCAAGGUCCUAUCUCGUUUCAGCCACGGGCACCAUGACUCGUGUCCGUCGCACUCUCCGUUUCCCCUGUCGCACCAGCACAACCCAUCUGGCAUUCCCACCCCACAACCCUCUGCGCCCCUUUGGCCUGUGUCCUCCUCACCCGCUACGGCGCCUAUCAACCAUGGCGGCAAUCAUGACAGUUGUGAGGAUUUGACCAGUUUCUUUGAGAUGGCUGGAGGGCUCUACUUUGAUCCGAAGGCGAGUCUACAGGAGGAGACGCUGGAGUCCCAGGGCGCUAGUGCAGGGGGAGAAGGGGUCGAUGCGUUUCACGCAGAGAACGAGGCGCUAACCCGAGUGAUGGCUGGCCUGUUAUAG